UAUCGAAAGAUCACGUCAUGGCUUGAAUAAACCAGAGAUGUCCAUCGCGGCUGAAAAUCUGCCGCUGCCGCGCCGCGGCCUUAGAAAAAAAAAGCUGCCGCACCGCAGCCGCGCCGCGACGGUUUAUAAAAAAAUGUUGCCGCGCCGCGAUGGCUUAUAAAAAAAACGUUGCCGCGCCGCUGCCGCGAUGCAUUAUAAAAUAAACGUGCCGCCGCCGCGCCGCUGCCGCGGCGGUUUAGAAAAAAGUGUUUCUAAUUUCGCUGCUGCGACUAUAUUUGACCAGAGAUAUUGGUACCAGUCCAUCAGAUUCAUUCAGUCUCGGGGUGUUUCAUUUAUAAACCCUGAAAUUCUAUUAAAUUCAUGCAGUUUUUCAAUGUUCCCCCAAAAAAUCCUGCCGCUGCCGCGCCGCUGCCGCGAUGGUCUUUUAAAAAACCUGCCGCUACCGCGCCGCUGCCGGGAUGAUUUUUAAAAAAUCUACCGCUACCGCGCCGCUGCCGCGGUGAUUUUUUAAAAAAGCUGCCGCUGCCGCUGCCGCCACAGGCCAUCGCGGCAGCGGCGCGAUGGACAUCUCUGGAAUAAACAUACCGGUGCAAAUAAGGGCCCAAACACACUACAGAAGUGACGUAACUUAAUUUUGUUUUAAGUCAAAACGCGUUCACACAAAGCAGUUAAAUCACCAAUCAGAACAGCGAGCAAGUCUCUUUUAUGUAAGUGUAGUGCAUAAUAAAAAAUUGUUAUGCAAUGAGAGAUGGCUCUAUCAUGCAUACCGUUUUUUAUUGACACAUUCUACAUUAUAUUUUCAUUGUUUUUUAAUUCUAUUUUAUGUACAAAUAUGACUGCAAUUUUGUAAAACAGACGAUAUUUUUGUUUGACGUCGAUUAAAAUCAUGGGAGCCAUUACUUAUGUAUAUGUCGAUGAUAAAUGUGUGAAAAAAGACGGCGCCAUAUGUUUUUUUUAUUGGUGAAACGACAUCCACAUCCCAUUCCCAGGUCGAAAAGUACCGGUCGGUUCCCGCAGGAAAACACCGGAAAUAGCCGGAACAUGGAAGCAGUAUUCCGGCCGGAAAUUUUCGGAAUUUUGUUCCGCUGAUUUUCCGCUCGGUUCCUGCCGGAAAACACAGGAAAUUGGCCGGAAUUCACCGGAAAAAAUCCGGAGAAUUUCCGGCCGGACUACUGCUUCCAUGUUUCAUCUAUUUCCGGUGUUUUCCUGCAGGAUACGGUGAUUUUUCCCGCAUUUUCCUGCCGGUUCCUGCAAUAUCCGGUGGCCGGAACGAUCGACCUGGGUUGGCGCAUUAACGUUAAGUCAUGUUAAAAAGAUGACUUAAUUCUGUCUUAACUUAAUUCACAAUUUGAUUGGUUAAGUCAGUCUUAAUUCGCGUAGUGUGUUUGGGGCCUAAGGGACCGUACCAUAAACUGCAGUUGUACCAUUUAUUUUGUAUUUUUAGAUUUUCUCAUUGUUCUAUUUGUUUAUUCUGCUAUUUUAUUGAAUUGAAUUUCGAUGAUAUAAUGAUGAGUAAGUUUGUUUUAUAUGUAUGAUUAGAGAGUAGCUUUUCUAAUGAAAAAUAGUAUAUUUCUUUUUGGGUCACAAACCGCAUUUCAUGGGUGUUGUUUUGAAAUAUUAUAUGUACAAAAAAUUAUAUGUACAAAAACGAAAUUCAUAUGAAUAAAAAACAUGAUCGAUUAUUUUUGUUAAGAAAUACAUAAGACACUGCCACAUACAGAAGAAAUCAACUACCUCAUUUCUUAUAUCAAUGUUGAACAUUUUUUAAAGUGUGAACUUUGAUUGAGGACAAAAGCGUUUUAGUAUUUGAUUAUAAAAAAAUUAACAAAGGAAAUCAGUAUGACUUUUAUUCUUGUUAAGGGCUUUGUAGAAGUUUGUAGUUGAAUGAAUAUCUUGAUAGAAAAAUAUUUAAUAGAACAGUAAUUUCUGAAUUCAUGAUUUUUUUUUGGUUUGUCUAGGUGAUUCUCAUACUGAUAUAUGUCUAUCGGAUUCUGUUCGAUCAAAAAGUUCUGAAUCAAAAUCAACAUCAAUACGAUCUGUUCUAUACCAUCUUUGUUCAACACAUUCAGAUUGUCAAAGUUUAGAAGAAUAUCUUGGUAUUGAUAAAUUUGAUGGUGGUGAACCUAGUGAAGAAUUUAAAAAUGUUAUUAAACAAUUUACUAGAGAAUCUAAACCGGAAAAUAAAAAAAGUCAAGAAUUUGAUAAUAUAUUAAAGAAGAUUAAUCCAAGUAUAACAUUUACUGGUGAUCAGAGAGGUGGUGAUUUUGAACAUUUAUUUCGUGGCAAUCGACCAGAUUUCACAUGGUCCAUUAACAAUAGUUUUUAUCCAUGGAAUAUCGUCUCAAUAAUUGAAAGAAAAAGCAAUACUAUCAGACAAAAUGAUAUUUCUCAAAUGUUGGAGUAUUUAAGAUCAAUUGUUAAAGUAUUUCCUGAACGAAAAUAUGCCAUCGGAUGUUUAACAAAUUAUAAACAAAUAAUUUUUGGUAAAGUGUCAAUAGUUAAUGAUAAGUUUCAGUACGACAGAUUUAGCUCCGACAAUGUACUUGAAAACUUUUGGAAAUUUCUACAUUGCAAUAAAAAUCAUUUAGGAUAUGUACAAUUUUCUAUUCCAAAUGUUUUCGAAAUUAAAUCAUUAUUAGGUAAGUAUUAUUUGAAAUAA